AUGCAUGUCAACAAUUGUGCGUUCCCUGACCUCGCCUCCGUGGCUCAAAAAUACGCCGCCUACCUAGGGAAUGUGACACCUGCAAAAGUCGAGAGGGAUUUCGAGCGAGUCAACGCCAAUGUACUCGCUGAGCAGGUACGCGCGUUGUGUGACAUGUCCAUGGAGCAACAGGUGCGGGAGUACCUAAACCAUUGCAGUCAAGUACAGGUGCCCCUGGUGCCGCCGCUGGUGCCUCAGCUGGUACCCGCGUUGCCACCGGUACCGAAUCUGCCUCUAACGCAGCCUCCUCAGGCUUCGCCUUCUCCACACCAAGGCGAAGUGUCACCGAGUUUAGCUCCUCCAAACAUUGUCCCGCACCCGCACCAGGGGCAGUCAGUCGCGGCCUCUCCCGGCCAACAGAACAGGCACACUCCUCCCGCAGGAAGCCAUCACCAACAACAACAACAGCAGCAGCAGCAACAACAACAGCAACAACAACAGCAGCAACAACAACAACAAGCAGUCAAUAGCGGAUUCGGUGUAGAGCGACAGGGUGGCGGCACGUCGUCGGCCGGAACUCCUUCUUCUCAAGGGGGCCCGAGCCGACAGAGUCCCCAUACCUCAUCGCAGGGCGGUCCACCUCAGGCGUUGAGUCAACAGAACCCAAGCAGAGUUCUAUCGAGGAACGCCAACGGAACAAUCGCGAUGACGUCUCAGCCAUCGAAUGAAUCCGAGCUGCAGCUGUACAGGGUUCUUCAACGGGCAAAUCUUCUUGCGUACUUUGACACCUUCAUAUGCCAAGGAGGGGACGACGUACAGCAGCUAUGCGAGGCCGGAGAAGAGGAAUUCCUCGAGAUCAUGGCCCUGGUCGGCAUGGCUUCAAAGCCCCUUCACGUUAGGAGGUUGCAGAAGGCUCUACAGGAAUGGGUUCAGAAUCCAGCCAUGUUUCAGAGUCCACUAGUUCCCGGAAGUUCAGGAACCGGGAAUCCUGUGGUAACCCCGUCAAGCGGCGGUUUACCCCGGGGCCACCUCAGUACCCCCCAAGCGGGGGGUUCACAGAGCGGCCCCGGUUUGAGGCCACCAUCCCAAAUCAUAAAUCCUUCGGCUUCAACCACUUCAGGGCUGCUUCCACCCAAGCAAGCUUCGUCCAGUUUACAAGUCAAUCAGCAACAGAAGCAGAAAUCUCUCGACUCCAGCAAUCAGGCGCUCGCACCGUAUCCGUUCGCACUACAGCAGAACGGCGGUCGAAUCUCACCACCGUCUCCAUCAGGGAUCCUCUUGAAUCAAGCCUCACUUGACGACGCUCAAAUGAGCAAAAUUGGUGAAGCCGCUGAAAUUCUCGUCAGAUCCAUUCUUCCAACGCUGUCUCCGUACGACAUAAAGAACAUGAAGAAGCGAAUUCCGAAAGAAAUGGAGUUCGUUUUGACGAUGUGCGAGGACGAUCCACGCCGGAUGGAGGAGAUCCGAAAGUUUUCGGCAAUCUAUGCGCCCACGAGCAACAAGCGUAAAUCAACCUCGGCCGAUAAGGCUCUUCUACUCCAGGAGGUUGCCAUCAACGAGGCGGCAGCCCAAAUUUGUCGCCACAUCCCAGCGCUAUUAAGCCGAAAAGACGAACUCUUUCCACUCGCCAGACAGGUCGUACGCGACUGUGGAUACCAAUUCGCGAAGACAGACGAGUGCCCUUCACCCGCGCAAGCGACGGCGUCGAAGCGGGCCCGUGUUCAGGAACUCGGGUUCCCGGCAGCCGACAAGGCGCAGGUGGAGGAUGAGAGGCGUAAGAGACAGGAGCGACUGGAGCACAUCAAUGAACAACUCAGAUCCCUGGGACGACAACAGGAGGAUCUGAAGUUACGCUUAUCGCAAGUUCGUGACGUUUCGCUUGCGGCGGGAAUUCAACAGCAAUUGGAGCAGAUCUCGCAACAGCAAAUGCAAUUGCUUAAUGAUCAAAAUGACGUCUCUAAACAAAUCAAACGAAUUGAAAAGUUCAUGAACAGUCCGAAAUUCGCGACAAUCGCGGCAGCUGCGGCCGUUGCGUCGAGCGGAGGGAUGUCGAUAGAAACUAAAACCGAUACUGAGGACACCGACUCGCAACUGAGUGCGCAUUCGUAUUCUAACAAUUCGUCCCCUCCGACCGCGCACGUACCUCUCGAGCUUUCCGGACAUAGGGCAGAAUCGCCUACGGACGACUGGAACAAUAGACAGAAGAAGACGAGUCAGCAGAUCACUAAGCAGAUUGUGCAAGAAACCCUGAUGGAUGAAGGACUCCGGGUGAUCAAGGAGCUGGCAAACCAGAUCCGGGGCUGCGCCGAAACUACUGAAACCGAAGUCGGUCUGCCCGCGGUUGCGACAUUGGGCUCGUCCCCGUCGCCUAUGAUGCCACUCUCUCUCACUUGUGGAAAUAAAGCCGAAGGAGCUGGUACGGGAAGGCCUAGAGGUAGGCCGCCCCGCUUGGACAGAGGGGAUUUCGUUGGCACUUCGCGAACCAUUUCUGGCUCUUCGUCAGCAACACCCCCACCGACACAAGCAACAACACCGACUUCUGCCUCUCCCCUCAACAUGUCCCGAGGAAAUUCGAAUUCACCCAAUCCGUCGAUGACGGAUCUAUCGAGCAACGAUAAGCCGACCAACCUCGUCGCGCUCUCAGCAGCGUCCACUACGACGUCGUCCGUAUCGCCGUCAUCUUUAUUAUCAGCAGCAGCAAAUUCUGCCUCCAACGAUAACAACAUCAAUAAUUCGUCCUCCAAUGGACACCACAAAGUCAACGUCGCCGGUAGGCGCUGUUGUUCGAGAGAGGAGAUGAGAGCAUGUUUAGAAAGGGGCGCGAUGCGCCAUCACAACAGACACAAUAUUUUCAACAACUCAUAUUCGUUUCCAGGUUCGAAUGACGACAGCGGCGAGAACAGUCUGAAAGCAUUGUUGGCACUUUCACAGAAAGGAAUGCUGAAACAGGAGCCGGGAUCCCCGGCGACUUCACCGACCCAACAAGGCAUCAAGAUCUGAGGAAACGCUCCUCUCUGCGCUGCUGUGAACUACAAUUUAUCGAGCGAAUUCCUCGGUUUCUAGGAAAUACCGACACCGGAAGCGAUGAGCCCUUAAUUGUACCAGGUGUAUGCAAUCCGAUUUUGGGGCAUAAUACGUACGGGAACUCCUCCGGAAGAAGACCGAGGAAGGAUAUAUAGAAGUUUUCACGCGAAGGUAUUCGCGUGAACGAUGGAAUCCCUCGGAAGGAUAAGAAGACCCGGGAAGAAAUGGGGCAGGCGUAACUCAAACUUUCGCCUGAUGGUAGACAGAUCAGUUUGAGGAAUAAGGAUAAUACGCGGGGCGCUGAAGAGUGAGACGACGUUCCUGAUACGCGACCCUGUUGUAUACGAUGAUACUUAUAUUUAUUUAGGUAGGUGUUUGUAGAUGGCUCUGGGAGC